UGAAUAAUUUUAGAGAUGAAAAUGAUCUUAGAUUAGCAGUUCAAAGAAACCAGAACUUUUUUGGUGAUAGCAAUUAAGAAGCUGAAAAUUAAAUUAAAACAAGAGUGUUAAUUGUGUUGAUUUAGUUGAAUCAACAAUUGGCAUCUCUCCUUUCCUGUUUGUUGGUGUCAAAGAUAAACAUGAUUACAAUUGAUUGAUGUCAAUUCGUUUCCAAUUUGAUGAGUUUGUCAUGAAAAAAGUUCAAAGAAAAAUGAAACUCAAGUUUAUCAAAUUAUAUUCACUUGUUGCUUUAAUUAUUACAGUUAUCACAAUAUUCACUUAUUAUCAUGUUUUUGUUGGAAACAAUAAUGAAUUUAAAUCCGAUGUUAAAUUGUUUGAUCAACUCGAAAUCGAAGAAUCAAAUUCUGAUUUGACUUUAACUCGUUCUGAAUGGUUUGAUAAAAAGUCGCCUUCAAAUUGUUCACUGCCAAUCAACAUGGAUCCAUUUGAUCCGAUAAUUAAAAGUUUUAUUGUUAAUUACAACCAUGAUAAGUUUAAAUGCUAUGAUGACAUUAGCCCAGGAGUUGAAGAAAUGUUAAAAUUAACUAAUGGCCAACAAUUAACCUCGAUGAAUGAUCGUGAUCCGAUUGUCGUGUUGAAAUUACCCAAGAAACGACAUUCGGUUAAAUGUGCGUAUCGACCAUUUGAAUUACUCGAAGAUUAUGACCUGGAAUAUAGAGCAAUCGAGAUGAUAGAAGGAUUUUCGCUCAACAUGAAAUCGACUAAUUCGCAAUUCGUAGCGAUUAAGUGUAUAAACGGAGACGAAAAGGUCUACAAUCGAAUCCAUUCUUGGCCAUUGAAAGUUUCACAGUUAAUUGAGAAAAAAUCAUCGAUACCAACGGUUAAAAGCGACCAAAUUAAACCUUCGGUAUUAAUCUUGGUACUUGAGUCCACUUCGAGACUCAACUUCGAAAGGUUCAUGAAACAAACAUCAAAAUCACUGAAUAAACUUUCAAGUAAUUUCAUAUUGAAAGGAUUGAACAUUUUCGGCGACGAUACCUGGAAAAAUAUGAUUCCACUUCUAACAGGUCAUCAUGUUUCUUACGGCGAAUGGUCAAACCAUGUAGACGAAGUUGGACCAUUCGAUGAUUUAGAUUUAAUCUGGAAAGAUUUUAAAAGAGCUGAUUAUCUGACCGGUUACAUUGAGGAUUAUCCAUCAUUGGGAUUAUUCAAUUUGAGGAAAGAUGGAUUUUUAAAUCCACCUACCGAUUGGUACCCAAGGGCUCAUUGGGCACAAAUGGAAUUUGAAAUGGGUUAUCACAAGACUAAUAAGUGUUUCGGUCGUCAGCCUAAAUUGACUGAUUGGUUGAAGCAAGUGAGACAAUUUGUUAAUUUAACCAGCUCAUCUAAAUUACCUUACUUUCUGUGGUCAUUUCUUAUCGAACCAUUGGCAGAUAAUUUCAACAAAAUUCAAUAUGUUGACCAGCAAUUAGCUGAUUUUAUUAAUAUCUAUUCAGCUCAACUUGAAGAUACAGUUUUUAUAUUGAUGGGUGAUCAUGGGCCACGUUUUGGUGGACAAAUGACCACUGAAUAUGGUCAAUACGAGUCAAGAUUACCUUUGUUCAAUAUUCAUCUACCUAAGAAAUUAACAAAACGUCAUCCACAUUUAGCAAAGUAUUUAACUCGAAAUCAAAAUAGAUUAACAACUUGGCUUGAUGUCAGAGAAAUUUUGAAAGAUAUCGCUUCAGGUAACUAUGAAGAAUUAAUCAAUUCGAAUGAAGUUAAAAGAGCUUAUUCAAUAUGGAGACAAGAAGUUCCUUUUACUCGAAAUUGUUUACAAGCGAGGAUUCCAUCGGAAUAUUGCUCAUGUCGAGCUUCGAAUUCAGGUCAAGUUCUACAAUUAUCAUCUUUAGCUGUUAAAAAGCUGCGAGAUCAUUAAUGGAUGAUAUUAACCACCGACUGAAUGAUUACGCUGGUUAUUGUCGAAAACUGAAUUGAAAAAUAUUCUGAAAGCGAUGUUUUUUCAGGGAACCUCAUCUCAUCCGGACAGAAUGGAACUUGUUCUGAACGUUUCUCCAUCAAAUGCGAUUUUGAGAGCGAUUGUCACUCGUCCUUAAAAGGUUCAAAAAAGUUAUAUACAAAUGGAGUUUAGAUGGUGAU